CGUGAUGAAUUAUCAAUCAUCCUGCUCGGCCUGGCUACAGAGUCUACUCUAAGAUAAAUUUAGAGCCGUAAAAUCAUUUUUGAAGCAAUUCUUUAUAUCAAUUUCAGUGACCAGAUGACGAGCUCAGCUAGGAUCGUCAGAAGUUUUGCAGCAAGUACAUGUAUAAGAAUUCAUGGACUCCAUUUCCAGCAGUGUUUUCCCAGAGCCACUUCCCUGCUGAAAACCUUCAAUUUCUUGUAUCUUCAGCCUCCUUAUGUUCCACCGACCAAACGUACAUGUACUUACAGUGUGCUGGUAACAACGUGUUUGAGGUAUUUCAGCAGUGCGAAAAUGAAGAUUGAUUCACCAGAGUUCAGAGGUCUCUUUACACCAGAGUUGAAGCAUCUGGCAGAGCUUUUUGAAAGAUAUCACUAUGAGCUAAGAAUUGCAGGUGGAGCUGUUCGAGAUCUCUUAAUGACAAAACAGCCUCAAGAUGUUGACUUUGCAACCACAGCAACUCCAGAUGAGAUGAAAAAAAUGUUUAUGAAAGAAAGCAUUCGAAUGAUCAAUGCAAAGGGAGAGAAGCACGGCACCAUUACAGCAAGGAUCAAUGAUAAAGAGAACUUUGAGAUUACAACAUUGAGGGUUGACCGUGUAACUGAUGGAAGGCAUGCUGAAGUAGAAUUCAUCACAGACUGGAAGGCUGAUGCAGAAAGGAGAGAUUUAACCAUCAAUUCCAUGUUCCUAGGUCUUGAUGGAACGUUGUAUGAUUUCUUCAAUGGAAAAGAGGCACUUGAGAGACGUCAUGUUGCCUUUGUGGGAAAUGCUGCUUCUCGGAUACAAGAAGACUACUUGAGAAUACUGCGAUAUUUCAGGUUCUAUGGUCGUAUUGCAAGAGAGAGUAACAAACACAGUGCAGAAACCCUUGAAGCCAUACGGGAGAAUGGUGAUGGACUGGCAGGGAUCUCAGGAGAAAGAAUAUGGAUGGAGCUCCGCAAGAUCUUGACUGGCAACUUUGCUGCUGAUCUCAUUCAUUGCAUGUAUGACUUAGGCCUGGCUCGUCAUAUGGGUAUCCCACCUAAAGCAGAUCUACAAGAAUUGCACCAGGUAUAUCAACGAAGUCAGUCACUGCACCCUCAUCCUGUCACUGUUCUCUCAGCUCUCUUCAAGGAUGAGAAAGAUGUCCUUAUUAUGGAGCAAAGAAUGAGGAUCUCGGCAGAGGAACGGAAGACCGCCCUCUUUGUCAUUGCAGAGAGAGGGGACAAGCCCCACUCAAACCCACUCAAACCUUACCAAGACAUUGUCGUUUGUAGCAAAGAGAAAAACAUAUUGAAAUAUGUCACUGAAGUCCUGAAGUACCGCGGGGAGAGCCAGUUGCUUGUCGAUUUCAGAUCGUGGGAUGUUGCCAAGUUUCCUGUAACUGGCAAAGAUCUUCUGGCUGCUGGGGUCCCAAAGGGCAAAGGAUUCGGGGAUGUGAUGGAGAAAGUUAGGCAAUGGUGGAUGGACAGUGACUUCAAGGCAAACAAAGAAGAACUUUUAGAAAGAUUGCGUGAGAUGAUGCAGGAUCAAGCAAAUGGAGAUUCGUGACCAAAGAGGAGUGAGACAGAAAUUGCAGGCAUUAAUGGAUGGACAAUAAAACAAAGAAUAGCUUCUAUAGAUAUAGCAGAUGGUACAGGAUCAAGGAUAGAGACUGGGAGGGAUUGAUCUAGGAAAUUGCCAUAUUUCUUGAACCUGACACAAGAAGAUGCAAUAAUGCUUGGAGACAUAACUGCUGAUGCACAAGUGAGGAGCAUUGAGUGUUUCUUGAAUCUAACCUGAUGGAUGGCAGGUGUUGCUUAAUGAGAUAACUUUCAAGGUCUAAUCAAAACCAUUUCUACAUGGACAGAAAAGUU